GCUUCAUUUUCUGAUCUGCUUUUGUGCUAAAAUGGAGGCUGGCCUCUCGCCCUAAGUGGAUCGCCUUCCUGGUUGAGGUUUAGAUGUUGACAUGCAAUAAAUCCGGAGACAGGAUGGUUGUGGAUGCACCUAAUUCCAAUGGGCCUUUUCAGCCGGUGGCUCUUAUGCACUUCAGAGAUGUGGCCCCCGCGGAGCAGGAGAAGCUCUUCAUCCAAAAGCUGCGGCAGUGCUGCGUUCUGUUUGACUUCCUGUCCGACCCGCUGAGCGACCUGAAAUGGAAGGAGGUGAAGAGGGCGGCGCUGAGCGAAAUGGUGGAGUACAUCACCCACAACAGGAACGUCAUCACGGAGCCCAUCUACCCGGAGAUGGUGCACAUGUUUGCGGUGAAUAUGUUCAGAACGUUGCCUCCUUCGUCCAACCCCACCGGAGCAGAGUUCGAUCCAGAGGAAGACGAGCCGACACUUGAAGCGGCGUGGCCGCACCUCCAGCUCGUCUAUGAAUUUUUCCUUAGGUUUUUAGAAUCCCCCGACUUUCAGCCCAACAUAGCCAAGAAAUACAUCGACCAGAAAUUUGUAAUGCAGCUCUUAGACCUGUUUGACAGUGAGGAUCCCCGAGAGAGAGACUUCCUCAAAACCACCCUGCACAGGAUUUAUGGAAAGUUCCUGGGGCUGAGAGCAUACAUCAGAAAACAGAUCAAUAACAUUUUCUAUAGGUUUAUCUAUGAGACGGAGCACCAUAAUGGUAUAGCUGAACUACUGGAAAUACUUGGAAGUAUAAUCAAUGGAUUUGCCUUACCACUCAAGGAAGAGCACAAGAUUUUUCUGUUGAAGGUUCUAUUGCCUCUGCACAAAGUGAAAUCACUCAGUGUCUACCAUCCACAGCUGGCCUACUGCGUUGUGCAGUUUUUGGAAAAGGACAGCACUCUCACUGAGCCGGUGGUAAUGGCUUUACUCAAGUACUGGCCAAAGACUCACAGUCCCAAGGAAGUGAUGUUCCUCAACGAGCUGGAGGAGAUCCUGGACGUCAUCGAGCCCUCCGAGUUUGUCAAGGUGCAGGAGCCGCUCUUCAGGCAGCUGGCCAAGUGCGUGUCCAGCCCGCACUUCCAGGUGGCGGAGAGGGCUCUGUACUACUGGAACAACGAGUACAUCAUGAGUCUGAUCAGCGACAACGCGGCCAAGAUUCUGCCCAUUAUGUUCCCCGCUCUGUACCGCAACUCCAAGACCCACUGGAACAAGACCAUCCACGGCCUCAUCUACAACGCUCUGAAGCUUUUCAUGGAGAUGAACCAGAAGCUCUUUGACGACUGCACACAGCAGUUCAGGGCCGAGAAAAACAAAGAGAAGGCAAAGUCAAAAGAACGUGAAGAGGCGUGGGUCAAGAUCGAGAACCUCGCCAAGUCAAAUCCACAGUCCUGUAGCAAUGGAGAUGGAUGUCCCUUUGAUAGAAGAUGUUCAGAGGUUAAAAAAGACAGUUGAGGCGGGCGCAACUCAGGUAAACCUGAAUUUCUCUCUGUCUAUUUCUUUGUUAUCAUAAUCCCUCCUAUAUUAGUAGGUCUGUUUGCUACCAAAGCUUGCAACCACUACACGCUCUUUAGAAUGUAUUAUAAUUAUACACUUGCUAUAUAAAUUAUAGUCUUCAUUUGUGUUUUUUGUUCAAUUUUAUAAAAUCAACCUACUUCUAUAAAAUGUGGAAACAAAUCCGAUCACGCGGUGAAAACUGGAGUCAAGGGCUUUCUUUUUCUAGUCCAUGAUUAAAGUUGUGUUUUUAAAAUCAUAGUCCCAUCAUGGCUGUCUCAGUGCGCCGUGUUUUAACUUGGUUAUCUAGGUGCUCCUCCGUAAAUUAGAGCCGCCACGCUUCAUCUCGGCGCCGUGACCGGAACAAGAAGAUGUCGAUGGGAGGUGACGAUGUGACGCGUUGUAACUCCUCCCCCUUUCCGCUCCAUUCGACAGUUGCAGCAUGACCAGCGGAAAGAGCGGCAUAUGGUGCGACGCAAAUCUGAGUUGCCUCAGGAUAUCUACACCACAAAAGCCUUGGAGUCCCACCGCAGAGCUGAAGACAUGUUGACCACCAAUGAUGGACUCUAGGUCCCCCCCCCCACCCCCUCCCCUCCCCUCCUGCCGACUCUCUGUUCAACCGGCCGCCCUUUGCCCCUCCACAGCCAUGGACAUCCUCCUCGCCCUGCAGGCGCCAGAGUUACACCUUUUUUGAUGUUGGGAUAUCCCCGCCUCCCUCCCACUCCCAGUUCACCCAGGAGUCUCCGUUGUCCACCAUUCCUGCUUCCCCAGUGCGGAAGCCGUAUGUCUCCUCCCCCUCAGAUUUCUGCUUUCUCAGGUUUUUUUCUGUGUUUGGAGAGGUGUGGGGAACCGCGUCGUGUUUCUUUUUUCGUCCUGGUAACGUUGAUUCUGUUGCCCGGUUUAUAUUUUCACCCCCAUAGGUUCCCCUUGGACUUGCUUUCUCCUUCCAUCCACCCCCCCCCCCCCCCCCCCCCGUUGCAUUCGCUGUAAAUGUGGAACCUGGGAGUACAGAUGCAGAACAGCUGGUUCCUUCAUUCCCAACGCGAUGGCUUGGACGUGCAGCCAUAGGAGGUGUGUGACUUUUUAAGGAUUGUCUUUUGGUCUCUUUUCUUUUCCAUCAAAUGGGACAAAAUCAGAACCGGUCAAAUGGAAGACAAAAAAAAUGACAAGAAUUUCUUUUAAUUGUUUGCUUAAUCUAACAGAUCUCUUGUCCGUGCCAAGAUUGUUGUGUUCCAUAGGUUUUCUUUUUUGUUUCUUUGGUCUGUCGACUUCAACAGGGACACUUGCCUUUUUUUUUUUUUUUUUUCUUUUUUUUCUUUUGGUCGUCAGUGUUUGAAAGGUUUUUAGGGGUUAUUAAAGUUUAGCACACCAGACCAACCUGAGACUUGUCCUUAGCCUUGCAAUGUCCAGGAAAGGUGGCAAGGAAAGCGGAAGCUGUCCUGUGGACAUCAGACACUUUCCCUUUUUUUUUUUUUUUUUUUUGUGCCAUAUGCAACUCUUUUAUAUGCUUGCUCUCCCUUAAGUUUCAUUGGCAAUAUUUGAAAACCAGACCACAGUGAUGACUGGACAGUUUAAACAAUGGUACUUGCUGUUCAUAAUGAUGAAACCGAGUGAAAGCUGUUAGUGUCUGCUACCUUUGUUGCCGUAGCAACUAUCCAGGGUUUAAAUAAAGCAAGGGGGCCCUCUGUUGCACACACCGCCUGCAUACUGAUGAGGAGAGUGUGUGUCUGAGAUAUUCAAGGUGAGUGGUGUUUUUUUUAAAAUUAUAUAUAUAUAUAUUUACUGUAAAAUUAUCUUUUAUCUGUGUAAAGGAAGUAUAUUGACAGAUUAUUUUUUUGUUGUUGAAUGGGAGUGGACGAAUAGAUCGAUAACAUCUCGACACCUAAAAUCUCACUUUUUUUUUUUUUUUUUUUUCCCUAGCAGCUCUUAAGUCAUUUAUUUUUCUUUUCAAAGAGCAGCGAGGUGUUACGAGUGUAUGAUAUAAAAUUGUAAUGUCCUCUAAUUAAAGAUUAAUUUAUUAAAUUUAAGCGCUGGUAAUCUCAGUAGUUAUUAACAUACUGACAUUAAAUGUUUAAUACAAAAAUAUGAAAGCUAUCGAAGAUUAAUUCCUUGACGUUCGAAGGUGUGGCAUGUUUGUCGUGCCACUAUUCCUAAUUUUAGUUAGUUAGUCUUGUCGAGUGGCGACCUUUUUCAGGGAGGACUGUUAAAAGUUGGGAAAACAUCUUCAGUCAGUACCAUUGUUUAAACUGGGGAGGUCUGCCAGAGUUCUUCAUAUUUGAUGUGUUGUGUUCCUCCGUCUCGUCUCUGGAGGUUAAGUCGCGUUGGAUGUCAGGUUUUAUUUUGUUCUCGUUUUGUCCUGAUCGUUCAGGACGUCCGACCCCCGAGACAGACUGGUAUCAAACGGCCACUAAAAUGCCAGAAACUGAUAAUAAACUGACAUUGUGACUUGGCUUGUGAAACUGUAUUAAUACUGUAUUUGCUUGAAUGCAAAAAGAUGUAAAUUAAAAACUACCAUGUUAAACAUGUACCUUUUACCCUGGAGGAAUGCCAUUCACCAAACUGAUUUCGGUUGUCCAGUUCAUUGCGUUCAUAAAACAGUCCGGCUUGCCGGGAGAGAUGUUUUAUAGAUUUUAUUAGUUCGAGUCAAGAGAUGUUUGAGGUUUUAUUUUAGUGAUGAAAACACAAGUUGUCCGUGAUAACGAGAUGAUUUAAGGAUCAUUCGGUGGCUUGUUCUCUUUCUGCAGGAUCUUAGCAGAUCUUUUAAUUUCACAUAUUUCCAAAACAUGACAACUUAAAGUGUCCUUUUUGUAUGUGACCUGUACUAUGAUUCAUUUAAUAUUGUAUAUAUGAUUUAUCUUGUUUCAUGUAGUGUUAUAUAUCUAGAUUAAUUUUGUACAAAUUGUCCCUCUGUACAGAAUAAAACAUCAAUAGCAAGUGAAAAAAGUCAAUCUGGCACAUACAGUCUUAUUUCUCCUGUUCUGGAUGUGAUGUUUCAUUGUCACUAUGAGUUAGAAAAUGUUCUUAUUUUUACUAUGAAAAUCUGCAAAGUUUCUUCCCUCUAUAUAACUGGCGUAUGUUCAUGCCCCUUGUGUGCUCCUAUCACUGUCUUUAGUGGUGUUCAAAUAUAUAGGAUAAAUAAAGAGAUUAUUUGAAUAUA